AUGUUACUUAAUAAACAACAAAAAUAUGUUUUUUAUACAAUAUGCGCACUCGCUUUCUCAUUACUAGUGAUAAUACCACCACUAGUAACGAAAAUCUUGAAUCACGAAGAUAUUAAGAUACCUAAUGAGUUACCUAUUAAGUUUAAUAAUUCAACAGAAUUAAUAAAUAAACUUAAGAUCAAACCUACCAAUUUCACAGAAUGGAAACAAAGAAAUUACAUUACAGGCUAUUUAAAUGAAGGCCGAAAAAUGAGGAUAUAUGUAAUUAGGGGUACUUGGUACGAUAAUGAUGACUAUCCAAGACUCAAAUAUAAUCAUGACGAAACAUUAUCAGAUUGCGAGGUACCAUGUAUCUGGAAAAUGAAAGAUUUCAAAAGUCUAACGCAAGAAGAACUUAAAAGUGCUGAUGCUCUUGUUUGUGUUAACAAUCCAAAUCCAAAUUUACCAAAAAAAAAAGCAUGGAAAGGGCAAAAAUACAUACUAUAUACUAUGGAGCCUAAAACUCAUUGUCCAGACUGUUAUGAUAAAAAUCACCAAUUUGAUAUCCUUGCAACCUAUGAUGAAGAUUCUGAUGUACCUACAAGCUAUGUUAGAAUGGAUUUCAAACAUUGGCAUUCAAAAUCUCCCUUUAAUAUAACAAGGCUCUCCAAAAAUUCUCCAUUUGUUUCAUUUAUUGCUUCUCAUUGGACACAAUUCCGGGAAGAUUUUAUUUCAAGCAUAGAGAACUAUAUUCCCAUUGCAUCUUUCGGUGGUGUUCGCCAUAACACUGAUUGGGACUUCUAUCCAGAAUGCGAGAAUUUAGAUUUUUUUGGUACAAAAAAUUGUAUUAUUUCUAAAUAUCCAUUUUACUUAGCAAUUGAAAACUCUCAAGAAAAAGAUUAUUCUACUGAAAAGCUUUGGGAUACAUUUAAUUUGGGUGUUGUGCCUAUUAUAUGGGGUGCGCCUAAUACUCGUUCUUACUUACCGCAUCCUAAAUCUGCUAUUUUUAUUGAAGAUUUUAAUAGCACUGAAGCGCUUGCUAAUUAUUUAAAAUAUUUAAUUAGUAAUGAGACUGCUUAUUUAGAAUAUCAUAAAUGGAGAACUAUGAAAUUAUCUGAUGAAUUUGAGGAGAGAUCAUACUUGAGUAUGUAUAAUUUAGAAUGUAACAUUUGUAGAGAGGUUGCUAGGUUAAAAAUCGUAGAAGGGUAUAAUAUGUGA